UAUGUAUUUUAUAAGUAGUACUUAUUGAAUAGCUGUGAUAACGACGUAACUCAUCUGCGUCACUGGCUGCGUUCUCGAUUAUUUGUAGAUUUGUUUUGAAUCGUGAUAUGGCUGCGAUGAAACAAAAGUUUUAUUAGAUCAGAAUGGUAGCUGCUGGAGCCACAGUUUUAAUGGCAGCCAGUGAAAAAGGUUCUUUGAAUAGAACAGAAAAUAAUUCCACACGAUAUGAGAAUCAAAAUGUUUGUUCUCAUUAUAAUGACAUGCAUCAUAGUCAACAGAGCGUAGAAUGUUCAGCCAAAAAGAAUAUAACACCAUGUGCUGUGAAUAAGAAUAAGAGUCGUAACUCCAUGUUGGAUAAAAACAGUCGUCUAAUUUCGAGGACAGAAAAUAGAGAAGGUAGUAAGAAUCUUACAUUGUAUAAAACAACAACAAUUCGUGAAACUAAAGCUUCCAGAUUAAGAGCUGCCUCAAUAACAUCGCCUAAUGGGGGAACAUUACUAUCAAGAAGAUUAGGUAUGUCAGAUGCAUCAGCUCCUUUAGGCCUGCAACCUAGCACUAGUUUAUUAGUUAAAGUUGAAAAUUCAAUAUCAGGUAACAAUAGUACUAUAAAUCCUGUUCGUGAAAGAGAUAAAAGCUAUAAGCGAAAAUCAUAUUUAAAUAGAUCGCUUAAUAUGGAAACAGCAGGAGACAAUUUAAAUCAGUCUGAAUAUAACGACAGACGAACUAGAAGACAAUCAAAUAAGCAAGGCUACAUAUCUGACACAAUAUCUACUUCCAAUUCUAGUAAUCAACGUCAAGUAACAACUAAUUUAAGUAAAAAGCCACUUGAGUCAAAAACAGCUUACCAGAAAGUUAGUACUCAAUAUGUUACAAAUCAUCCAAAAACCUCUACAUCGCCUUCUGUUAAUCCUCUUGCAAGCACUAAGUAUUCAAAUAUACAACGAACUAGUGGCGGCCACAGUGAUUCAGAAGUGUCACGGAGAGUUGAUGCAUUAACAGCUUUAACAAAAUCCACGAUAGAACGUGUAGAAAGACUUACGUCGCAGACAAAUUUGUCUACAAAUUAUGGACCACAAUCGGAAAACCAUUCGUGCAAUGCUUCUCAAGGAAAUUCCGUUAAUAAUACAGAGAAUGACACAAAAAAUGCACACGUAUUAGAAUCAUCGCCAAGAAAAUGUUCUAUAUUAAAAAAAUCAAACGAUGAACAUACUCAAGAUGGAUCUUUAAGUCACCAACAUAUACCAGUUUCGAUUCUUAAGCAUAAGAUGUCUGAUAGCGAAGCCGGUCAAAGUUUGUUUAAUUCCACUCAUACAGUUUUGCCAGUAACGUUUUCGCCGUCUGUAGUAGAACCAACACCUAAAAGACAUGGUAUUUUAAAAAAGCGUAGUAGUCUAGAUGAGAGCGAGAUUCUCCGACGCCGCAGCUGUUCACCAGACAUUUCUUUUGCUGAUAAUACUUAUUCCGAAUUCAGGCCCAUAUUAAAAAAUCAAAGGCGAUCGUCUCUAGAUGAAAUUAUUAAAAGGGAUCAAAGCCCGGAUCCCCAGCCUACUUCUAUAUUAAAACGAAAAUCGUCUAGAGAGGAUGAUAGAGAGGAUCGACAAGUUGGUUCUUUAGAACCACAGGGUAUACUUAAAAGAAAAUCUACAAAUAGCCUACGAACAAGUAGCGUUAAUCAUCACGUGAUCAUUACAAUGGAUGCAACAAGUGUGAGUGGUCCUGAAAUACUUGAUAGUUCCGAGGUGAGGCCAAUACUAAAGAAAAAGCACAGUCGAGAAGAAUCGUUUGGUAGCGAUCCACCGUCUUUGGAACCACGACCGAUAUUGAAAAAAAAGUCAAGCAUAGAAUCAGAUGAACAUGAUGAUAAACCCAAGAAACCGAUUUUGAAAUGUACUCGUAAAAAUUCACAGGACGAAUGUAAUUACGAAACAGAAUCGACCUCACCGAAAAAACUGUCGAUGCUUAGAAAUCGUUCUUUGCAAGGUAGAACAAGUGGUGUGUUGGAAACUGAUCCUGUGCGACCUAUAUUGAAACAGCCCGGUGGCAGAGACAACGAAUCGCGAGUCCGUUUGAAUUUACACGAUGAAGCAAUAGUUAGCGAUGAAGUAUGUACUGAAGUAUGUACUGAACCAGCAGAUUUAUUUUUGCGAAAAAGAGCACAAUCGGUAGGGCAUGUGCAGCCUUCCACUAUUCCUAAUGAAUUCACUGAUGUACUUAAUAAACGAAGGUCUCUUGAAUUCACAUCUUUGAGUGAUGGUUUACAAGAAAAAUCACAAGCGAGAUUAACGACCAACAGUAACUAUUUAAAGACAGACCUUUCUUUAGGUGGCGAGAGUGCCAAUACUUCUGCUAUUUUUUCUGACACAUUGAAUAGUAAAAUAAAAGAUACACCUGCAGGAAAGGAUAAACAGACGGUAACAGUAUUUGAAGCUAAGCUAGAAGAUAAGAUAAACAUGCAUGGACUCUUUGCAACUAAUAGACUUGAUAAAAACACUAUACUUUCUGCUGGAAUGACUCAUAACAAGGAAUACGCGAGUGAUGAAGUAUUGUCUUUGGAAAGGAAUGAGGAUGCUACAGAUACUUCAGAAAGAAAUGGUGUACAUCGUAGCAAUAGUGUUUCCAAAAUGGCAUUGCAUUUCAAAACUUUGCAAGAAAGAGCAAAUUCUAAAGAUCAGGAUAAUCAGUCUCAGGGAACGUCAAGCAAGGGUUCGUAUGGCGUACAACGUUAUAGAGAACGAAAACUUCAAGGAAACGAUAGAUUUAAUACACAACCAGUGACUUUCCAAGAAGUACAAGAAGCAGUUUUACAAAAUCAACGUAACACUACAUCGAUUAAAAGGUCAAGUUUAACAGAAGAUAAUUCUAUUGCAACCGAUGAUGAGUUCGACCCUUCCAAAUUAAGCUUGGCAGAUCGAGUGCGUUUGUUUAAUCAAAAAAUUGAUACUGCAAAGAAUUCAGUGUCAAAUAACAUGCCAUUGGAAAGGCAUUCCCGGAGGCGUCUAGCUACUCGUUAUAAAACGCAACCAGUUACAUCUGAAGAAGUUGAAGUAGCAUCUCGGAUAUCUCCAUUGAACGUUAGUCGAUAUUCAUUAGAUAGUUCCGUUUUUCAAGAGCUUCGCAAACAAGUUAAUCUUGUUCAAAGUGAUCAGCCAAAAAGCAUUUUAAAAUCUGUGACACCCCACACACAAAUCGUGCCUCGAACGAAAAGUCCUGAACUCGAGGGUUUGAAAUUAAUAAAGUCUGUACUUAAGAAGGAGUCGGAAGAAUUAGAACAACAAACGUUUGAAAAUUUCGAUUUACCGCGUUCUAUAUUAAAAUCCAACUUAAAAUUGGAAGAGAAAAAGAUAGGAAGCGCAAUGGAAAGCAAUUAUUCUACACAGUACAACUUGGAUUGUGACCAUGGUGUGGAGAAGGAUAAUGGUACAGAAGAUGGCAUAAGCAAUGUUCGAACUGAAACCUCUCCAUCUCAAAAGGAUAAAGAGGCAAUUCGAACGUCAGAUGGCGAGACAUCUGGAAAUCAUGAAGUGUGUAAUGUAAAAAGUGAAGAUGUAUCUUGUCAACGUCAAUCUAUUUUUUCAAAGCAGACCAGGUACGGUUCAUUGUUGAAGAGCGCCAGUCAUCACAUGAUUAGCAACAAAACACACGAAAGUGAAUCAUAUAAUGCAACAAUACAACAAGAUACUGUAACACUACCAGGAUUGUAUCGUAGCGCAACGCAAACAAUAUCUGCCACGGAUACUAAUGAUGGUCCAAGUAUGAGUAUCGCAGACCGAUUAGCUGCACUUCAGCGUAGCGGUAGUACAAAUUGGAAGCGGCGCAUAGCAUCGGAGUCAUCUAAUGUAUCGGAUGGACUAUAUACUAGUUCACCCAAUAAAGAAGAACUGAGUAUCAAACAGGGUGUACUUGCCGAUUGUCUUGGAAAGUUAGGGUCCGCUACGGAAGGAUGGAGAAAAAGAAUAGCUGCAUCAGACGCAACGAAGUUUACUGUAGCUGGAAAAAUGAAGGUAGAACAGCCAGAGAAGUUAGAAUCAGGACCGUCUUCACCACUUAUCGAAGUUACAGGAAAUAUUGCGGAUAGGAAAAAGAAAACUCCUCGUCCAGAACGAUUUAAAGCAAAAAAGGGAUACGUGAAGGGUGCCGUAUCUAUGCCAAGCAGUCCAAGUAUGGAUUCGUGUACUAAGUUGCGAGGAAGUUAUUCUGAGCCUACAAGCGAUGACAGUGGUGAAGAAUGUAAAAUAGGAAAAAAUGUCUCACCUACUGUGUCAAUUCCCAAGAUAGAUGAUGAAACAUUCACUUCCUUUUUUACUGGAGUUUCAUUCGAAAAAUGUGAAGCCGAAUCUGUUGAUUUAAAUGAGACCGAUUUUGAUAUAAUUACAUCGCAAUCUGAAUUGUUAGUUCAGAAGCGCAAUGUACGGAUACAGCGGCGUCGCGGCGUAUCUAAAAAUCCCCUUAAAGUACUUGCAGCUCGUACUGAUUUGAAAUCAGAGUAUACUGAAAUACGAACUGGUAUCGCAGAAAAAGUGAUGAAACAAUUGAAUGUUGAAAAACUGGCAAAGAAUUCAUCUUUGGCUAUGGAAGCUCUGGCUGGCUUGGCUUCCACCGAAGACUUUAGUAAUGUAACGUUAAGGAACGUUGCAGAAACGAAUGUUUCGAUAAAUAAACUACAGCCAUACAAAGACAUAAUGUUGAUCUUAAUUAAAGGUAGACGACAUGUACAAGUAAGAUUAAUCGAACCAGUUGCAGAAAGCAUAAAUAGCGGUGAUAAUUUUGUUUUGGUAACAAAGUCGGAGGUUUACAACUAUGUUGGGAAAUAUUGUAAUGUUAUUGAAAAGGUUCGAGGUGCAGAAAUUGCAAUGGGUAUUCAGCAAAACAAAGACCUUGGCUCUCAAGCGUCUCAAGUUAUCACUAUUAAUGAAAAUAAAGUGACGUGUUCGAAAAGCCAAUUGCAAAAGUUUUGGAAUUAUCUUGGCGUCGAAAAUGAGGACGUGGAUGUUAUUGAUGGAGGGCAUCCUGACGAAGAUGAACUCUACGAAACAGCUAUGAUAGAUACAAAUAUGGUUUAUGAAAUUAAAGGCGAAGAAUUAGUGCCUCUUGAAAAAUAUUGGGGUGCUAUACCAAAAAUUGAAAUGCUUGAUCCAAAUAAGGUGCUAGUGUUUGAUUUUGGUAGCGAAAUGUACAUUUGGAGUGGAAAGGGAGCUUCUACUGACAAAAAGAAACUUGCAACACACCUCGCUACAGAAAUGUGGAAAGAAGGAUAUGAUUAUUCCGAGUGCGCUGUAUGUCCAAUUAGUUCGGCAUCUAUGAUCGGUAGACGCACAAUAUCUCAAACGGACUUAAAGUCUGCUAAAGUCAGACCCAAAUGGUGCUUACUUGCUAAGUUGACGCAACACGUGGAAACGUUACUUUUUAGAGAAAAGUUCCUUGACUGGCCAAAUGUUUCUGGGAUUAUACGAGUUCGGGGUAAUAAAAACCAAGAACAAGUCGAUGGAACCAUAACUAUAGAAAUGUGCAAUACUAAUACUUUAUUAGAAGAAAAUGCCACGCCCGUUGAUUUAGUUCUUGAAGGAAGUCAUUUGGGUAGAGGUACUGGUUGGUAUGAUAACGAGUUAAUGAAACAAUAUGUCAUCACAACAACAAAUGUGAAAGGGUGGCACAUCGAUGAGUUCUCGCAUACUCUCUUGGAUGAUUCAUCUAUCGGGCAAUUUUACUCUGGAGAUAGUUAUAUUAUAUAUUGGAUGUAUUCUGUUACAAUUACUGGCCGCGAACUUAGUGGUAUGCCUUCAAAACAUUCUGCGAAAGGCCGUGAUCGUUCAGUUUAUUUCAUUUGGCAAGGCCAAAAUGCAUCUUUGAACGAGCAAGGUGCCGCGGCUUUACUAACUAUCGAGUUAGAUAAUGAUCAAGCACCACAGCUACGUGUAGUUCAAGGACAUGAACCAGCUGCAUUUCUCAAUUUAUUUUCUGGAGGAAUGAUUGUACAUUCUGGGAAAAAAACUGAUACAAAACGUAACAAACGAUGGCGAUUGUACAUAUGUCGAGGUACUUUAGAGUCAGAGGUGUCUUUAAUAGAGAUCCCUUGUAGUACUCGUCAAUUAAGAAGCAGAGGUUCCCUUCUAUUACUAGACACUAAAAACGACAAAAUUUAUGUGUGGCAUGGAUCUAAUGCAUUGCCUCAUAUUAAAAAGAAUACAUGCAAUGCAGCGAAAAAGUUACAAGAAAAUCGACCCCAGGAAACUGGUUUGUUGUCUGAAGGCAAUAUAGAGAUUCUUGAGAUUAACGAAGGAAGUGAACCAGAUGAAUUCUUCAGUGCAUUAGGGGGAAUGAAUAAAAAAUUGUACGUAUCGUUAGAAAAAGACCAAUCACAGGAACAUACUCCAAGACUGUUUCAUCUAUCAAGUAUUUCUAAAGAAUUUAAACCUGUAGAAAUAUUAUGUCCUCAUCGUGCUUCUUUGCCGACUCCAUUUCCUUUUCUACAGGAAGAUUUAUAUCAAGUUAGUCAACCAGCUUUAUUUUUGUUGGAUAACAAACAUGAAUUGUGGAUAUGGCAAGGCUGGUGGCCGGAUACCGGAGCAGAGGAUCAAUCUGGUAGUAAAGCAGUCAGAUGGCAAGCUGAGAGAAGAGCAGCCAUGAUGAGUGCUAUGCAAUAUUGGCAAAACAUUCGUCCAGAAACUACAAAAUUUCCAAUUUACUUAGUGUGGGCUGGUCUGGAACCUUUGCAAUUCAUAAAUUUAUUUCCUACGUGGAGAUAUCAAGACGAUAUCGCGGAAUUAAAUAUAAAGGAUGGUCGAAAUCCUGGAGAAGUAUUGACCGUAGAAAAUGAAUUGGCUCGAUUAACAAAAAGCACGUAUCCUCCGGCUCAGUUAUUACAACGACCUUUGCCAGAAGGUGUCGAUCCUACACAUUUGGAACUGUAUUUAUCACCGCAACAUUUUCAAGAUCUAUUAGGAAUGAAUCAAGAAGAAUUUCAGGAGCUCCCAGUUUGGAAACAAGUGAAUCUAAAAAAAGAAAUAGGACUAUUCUGAUGAAACGCCCCUGCUGCCGAUUUUGCAAGCAAUAGCUGCCCCUGUAAAGCGUUUAAUAAAGUUUUUGUCAAUUGUU